CGGCCGGUCCCGCCUCCUCCUCCCCGCGGCUCCCGGUGCCGUCGAGGCCUGCCCCGGCGCUGACUCGCCGGGCCGCGGGGUGUCGCGGAGCCAUGGCGCAGCGGAGGGCGGCGGAGCGCGGGCCUUGCCAGGCGGCGGAGAGCGCCAGGCACCAGCGGCAGCUUCUGGAAGGGAAAGCUCUUGCAGAAGGUGGAUCGGCUCGGACAUCACUUCUUAUUUUGGUCUCCAUAUUCUUAUCAGCUGCUUUCCUUAUGUUCCUGGUAUAUAAAAAUUUCCCACAACUUAGUGAAGAAGAAAGAGAAUGUAUAAAGGUUCCUAGAGAUAUGGAUGAUGCAAAGGCCUUGGGAAAAGUCCUGUCCAAAUACAAGGACACGUUUUACGUUCAGGUGUUAGUGGCUUAUUUUGCCACGUAUGUUUUCUUGCAAACAUUUGCUAUUCCUGGGUCUAUAUUCCUCAGUAUCCUGUCAGGGUUUCUUUAUCCCUUUCCGCUGGCCUUAUUUCUUGUUUGUUUGUGCUCAGGACUUGGAGCUUCAUUUUGCUAUAUGCUCUCAUACCUAGUGGGGCGUCCUGUUGUAUACAGAUAUUUAACAGAAAAAGCAGUAAAAUGGUCAGAACAGGUUGAACGACACAGAGAACACCUCAUUAACUACAUAAUAUUUUUGAGAAUAACACCUUUUCUUCCCAAUUGGUUUAUCAAUAUAACAUCUCCUGUAAUCAAUGUGCCAUUGAAAGUGUUUUUCAUUGGCACUUUCCUAGGUGUGGCACCACCGUCUUUUGUAGCCAUUAAGGCAGGAACAACGCUGUACCAGCUUACAACAGCAGGGGAGGCUGUUUCCUGGAACUCUGUUUUUGUUCUCAUGUUUCUAGCCAUCCUCUCCAUCCUACCAGCUCUCUUCCAGAAGAAACUGAAACAGAAGUUUGAAUAAGGAUCAAACUGGACCAGAAUUUCCCAUACUUCAUCUCAGGAUCAGCACUUCUGAUAUUUGUAUAUUUGCUUUUCUAUUGGAUCUUAAGCAAUUAAAGGGGAGGCUUGUAAUUGAUAAGAAUGUCUUUAAAUGAACACAUGGCCUUAAACGGAAGGAACUGUGUUCAGAUAUGUACUGCAUAUAGUUUUGUAACCAAACCAUCAGAGUUUUACUUUGGGAGGGGGGGGUGUGUGUGGCUCUCAGAAUGAGAUAAGUGAAAACAUAGAUGUAACAUCUUGCUCUAGUUAUAUGCAGAGCAAAAAUUGUAAUGUGCUGAUGCUUUCUAACACUUGCAGGAAAAAAACCUUAAUUAACCCAGUCCAACUUUGUAACAUUCUCUGUAGGCUUGCAUGUGAUCUGGUCUGAGAGCAUUUCUCACUAACAAUAUUUCCCUUCUUUUUUGCCUUUGGGAGUUUCAAAAUAAUAAUAUAAGAACGGUGCUCAAUCAGAAACAAAGGUUCUUUGCAGUACUUUAACUACAAUGUUAUUCUCAUCCUGUUUGUUUACUUCUAUUUAUUAGUGCUGUGUGGAAUUAAAUACUUGAACCUACAUCUGCUUUACUAACUGGAUUAACAAAGGGGAAGUGUCACAUCAUUCCCUCUUGUCCUCUGUUAAGUUUUAUUCUGGGAGAGGGUAUAGAAAGGGAGAGAGCAGCUUAGAAUUUUUAUCUUGGCUGGCUGAUGAUUCUUAAGUUCUAAUUUUAAUUUUUUUCAUGUUUAUUAUUUUGCCAAUAUUUCACUUGCAUAGAUUUAUCCUGCCAAUUUAAAGUGAUCGUAUGGUUACAUAAAACUUUCAGUUCUCAAGUGAUUUAAAAACGCUUAAGCAGUGUAAUAUUACCAUUUCUCAAGCAAUAUGUAAAGACUAUAAAAUUCUUCAUUGCAGCUUGAUUAGCUAGAAGAAAUGUCAGGUACACAAACUGGUGCAGUUCCUGUUAAGUAGCUGAUCCCAAACAAUGUUCAAAGCACCAUGUGACAGCAGGCUCUUGUGUCAGUGUAUAUAAAAAUGAAAGGAGGGUUCCAUUGUCUCCUAACUCAGUAACUGGCAAUGGGCAACCAGCUCUGGUUCACCUUCAGGAGAAAUACGUGUGAGGUACGUGAUACCUCUCCCCGUGUGCUUCCAGCUGUUGUAGUUUGUUGUGUUGUCAGUGGAAUCCCAUAAAACGAGGCCCUGACCAGUGAGGAACUGGGGAGUGCACUGAAGUUUUACCCCUCUGAAACCAGUGCUGCUGACAUGCUUUAAGUUGGUGCCCCUGCAGUGUCUCGCUGAAAUGGGAGUCAGCACAUCACCAUGUGCUCCAGUUCCAAGGUUUAUUUGUCUGUGUCCUCGUGUUAACUCAUGAUCAUAUCACAGAUCUUUGAGAUGUAAGAGAACAGCUCCAUAAAUGUGAUAGUGUAAAAGGUACUGGUACCUUUAAAUGGGUUUAUUCAUUUUGUAACAUAAUGUUAAUUGACUCUUUCAUUUCAUCACAGUAUUGUAUGUAAAUAUAUAGUAAAUACUAUUGAUACACUGUUUGUCUUUUAUUUAAAUCUGGGCUGCACAGUAAAUGGUAUUUUUUACAUAAGGAAUUCAUAUCAGUUCUGUUUGCAAAUUUAUUGUAAGAUCAUUCAGCUUCAGCAAUUAUUUUGUUAUAUAGAAUUUACUCUAAAAACGUACUUUGGCAUUAAAAACUGAACAGUGAUUAUUUUUAUUGCUGCUGUUCUAAUCUCCAGAGUUCCUCUACCCAGGGGAUUUUAUUCCAUAGUAACUCUGAGUGUGAAUUUAGCUGUGUGAGCAAGUGUCCCCUGGACUGAGUAUGAAGCUGCUGUAGAUUUACAGCCUACUUUUCUGCAUAGUUAAUUUUUCAUGCAGAUGAACUCUCAGAAUAAAUUACCUACUACUUACUGUCCAGUGGCUUUUGUCUAAAUUUCUGGUCAAUAACAGAUGCUGUUGUAAAAUCCCUUCUGUGCUGUGUAAAGCCAAUGUUUUGGUGGAACCUUGACACUAAAGAAGGAACUGAGCUAUGUUUCAAUCUAACUAUGCUAUCACUUGACUUUUUCACUGAGUUCUGUUUCACUGUGUAGAUGGGAUCAGGCUUUGUUACUCAAAACCUGUGUUUGAGCCAUAAGACUGGGUUCCCAUCACAAUGACUAAAAGCCUUAAAACCUUAAAAAGGUUGAAAAUAAGGUUCUUUAUUUUUUCAAAACCUUAGCAUUUUUUUAACCUGUCCCUUCCAUGUUUAUCUUCAGCUGCCAACAGCCUGAAGUGGUUUCCUACCCCAUGAAGACUUCUGAGGGUUUUGAAGAGUAAGGCAGGCCUUGUGAAAAAGGCAAAGAAAAGCACUGUGCUGUGGAAUACUGUACUAGCCUACUCUUUCCUGUAGGGAAUCCAGCAAGUGAUCCAAGAGAGAGCUGUAACAUUUUGGCAGAAAAACAGAGGCUACCAAGAAACUUACCAGGAAAUCAGAAAGAUGUAGCUUUGUUUUUUAAUUGCAAGGGAUUUUGAGCUGUUAGGUGACCUGUUUAUCUUCUGGAAUUUUUUGUGAUACCUGCAUGACAUCAUUACUAAGUGUCUCUCUUUAUUUGAUAAUAAAGCUAUUAUAUAAAAUAUGAA